GUCCCAAUUACCAAAAUCUCCCAAACCCAAGUAACACACACACACACAAUCGCAGACACAGAGACAGACACAAAGAAAAGAUGCCGGUGACAGCAACGAUGGUCGGAGCAGUACUUGGUUUGGGCACCCAGAUGUAUUCCAAUGCCCUCCGUAAACUCCCUUAUAUGCGCCAUCCGUGGGAGCAUCUAUUGGGGAUGGGAUUAGGGGCUGUGUUUGCAAAUCAGCUAGUGAAAUGGGAUGCCAAGCUUCAAGUUGACCUCGAUAUCAUGCUGGAAAAGGCGAAAGCCGCUAACGAACGCCGUUAUUUUGAUGAAGAUGAAGAGUAAUAGAAUGAAGAACAUUUGGAAGACGGUCUGUAUUAAGGAUGCUGUUUCCGUUACAAUUUUUAUGUUGUUCAUGACAUUCUUCUAGUCAUCUUACUUCUGCUUUUGUUGUAAGGCUGUUACGCUCUUGUUAUGUUCCUGUUUUUGUUAUCCGAUGUUGCGUUUAAACACAUGCAAUCGAUCUCAUUUCAAAUAAGAAUAAAUUGUUGUACUGAA